GCCUGCUGUUUCCAUCACGGAGUGAAAGUGUUCUGGAAGUCGAAGAGGCUUCUCCUCACAGGGCUUCCCUCUCCUCAACUUGGACUGGUCGCAGACAAGAAGCAAAGUCUGACCAAAAUGUUACUCAUCCAGUACAUGUUCUACUGCAGCAUAUUAGUGUUACUGGAGCUGGUUGUAGCCCAGUAUGAGACCCUUGGCUACCCACCAAGUUACCUGGAGCCAGAGCAGGAGCAAUACUCUCCUCCCCAGCUAACCCCCGACACGCCCCGAAUUCAACUCAGGCUGGCAGGAGACAAGAGGAAACACAACGAGGGUCGUGUAGAGGUGUUCUACAACAGUCAAUGGGGAACUGUCUGCGAUGACGACUUUUCGAUCCACGCUGCACAGGUGGUGUGCCGGGAGCUGGGCUACAUGGAAGCAGUUUCAUGGUCUCCAUCGUCAAAAUAUGGGAAAGGAGAAGGACCCAUCUGGUUUGACAAUCUGCACUGCACUGGCAAAGAAAAGACUUUGGCCCAGUGUCCCUCCAAUGGGAUUGGUGUUUCGGACUGCAAGCACAGUGAAGAUGUUGGCGUGAUGUGCAGUGACAAGAGGAUCCCUGGAUUUAAAUUUAUCAACAUUCUUCCUAAUCACGUGGAGAACCUCGAUAUUCAAGUUGAGGAUGUGCGCAUUCGAGCCAUCUUGUCAUCGUUACGCAAGCGGAUCCCCGUGACAGAGGGCUACGUGGAGGUAAAAGAUGGCGGUAAAUGGAAGCAGAUCUGCAACACCGACUGGAGCCACUUUAACAGCAGAGUCAUCUGUGGCAUGUUUGGCUUCCCUGGGGAGAGAAAAUACAACGCCAGAGUCUACAAGAUGUUUGCUCGCAGGAGGAAGCCCACAUACUGGGAGUACGCCGUCAACUGCACCGGCAAUGAGGCUCAUUUGUCCAGUUGUAAACUGGGGAGGGAUACAUCCUUGGAGUCGAACGGAACCUGUGCUGAGGGGUUGCCCGUAGUGGUGAGCUGCGUCCCUGGCAAAGCCUUUGCUCCUUCAUCAGCGACUGGAUUUAAGAAGGCCUUCAGACAAGAGCAGCCAUUGGUCCGUGUGCGUGGCGGGGCCAUAGUAGGCGAGGGCCGUGUCGAAGUGUUGAAAAAUGGAGAGUGGGGCACCAUAUGUGAUGACAAGUGGAACCUGCAGUCUGCCACAGUGGUGUGUCGAGAGCUGGGCUUCGGUACGGCAAAGGAGGCACUGUCUGGUGGUCGCCUUGGACAAGGUAUGGGCCCAGUCCAUAUGAAUGAAGUGCAGUGUUCGGGAUUUGAGAAGUCCAUCACAGAGUGUCCCUUCGACAAGGAGUCUCUGGGCUGCAGCCAUGAGGAGGAUGCAGCUGUCAGAUGUAAUGUCCCCGCUAUGGGCUUCCAGGAGAGGCUGCGUUUGAGUGGAGGUCGAAACCCCUUCGAGGGCCGUGUGGAAGUGCUGGUGGAGAAGAACGGCUCUCUGGUGUGGGGGACGGUGUGCAGUGAGGGCUGGGGAACCAUGGAGGCCAUGGUUGUCUGCAGACAGCUGGGCUUGGGCUUUGCCAGCAAUUCUUUCCAGGAAACAUGGCACUGGCAAGGCGAGGUGAGUGCAGACAGUGUGGCGAUGAGUGGAGUUCGCUGCUCUGGUACUGAGAUGUCUCUGUCUCACUGCCUGCACCAUGGAGCCCACCUCAGCUGCUCCAAAGGAGGUGGCCGCAAUGCCGCAGGAGUCUCGUGCUCUGAGACGGCCCCUGACCUGGUGCUGAACCCUCAGGCGGUGGAGCAGACCACCUACAUGGAGGACAGGCCCAUGUUCAUGCUGCAAUGUGCUUUUGAGGAGGAAUGCCUGUCCACCUCCUCCAAAGAACUGCCUGCCAACUCCUACCGCCGGCUGCUGCGCUUCUCCUCCCAGAUCCACAACAACGGCCAGUCCGACUUCCGGCCUAAAGCUGACCGACAGUCUUGGGUGUGGCACGACUGCCAUAGGCAUUAUCACAGCAUGGAGGUGUUUACUACCUACGACCUGUUCAGUCUGAAUGGAACCAAAGUAGCAGAAGGACACAAAGCCAGUUUUUGUCUGGAGGACUCAGAGUGUGAUGAAGGCAUUGAAAAGAGAUACGAAUGUGACAAUUUUGGAGAGCAGGGCAUCACUGUGGGCUGCUGGGACACAUACCGACAUGACAUCGAUUGCCAGUGGAUUGACAUCACUGACCUAAAGCCUGGAGAUUACAUUUUCCAGAUAAUAAUCAAUCCAAACUACGAAGUGCCAGAGUCUGAUUACACCAAUAACGUCAUGAAAUGUCGAUGUCGAUAUGAUGGUCAUCGCGUGUGGAUGUACAGCUGUCACAAUGGUGGCUCAUUAAGCACUGAGACGGAGCAGACGUUCCCGGGCCUCCUCAACAAUCAGGUCACCCACAGGUAAAAAGCCACGAGCCAAGUCACCCUCCAACAGGGAGAACCUCUGAAGCCCACAGCCACUACACGUCUCCGUCUGGGGUGCAUACCUCCUCCCCGAAAAGAAAAAAAAAGAAAAAAGAAGAUCAGCUGCAGCUCCAUUGUUAGCGUCCUGCCUGCAAGAGAGCUGCUGCUGGAAUGGAAUUUGAUUCAAAGUGCCAUGAGGAACCUCUUUGUGAAUGUGCAGCGCUGGAGAAAAACAACCUCCUGCUGGGUUCUUGUUUGAAAGCUUGUGUCGUUUCAUGUCGAGACUCGGUGACUGCAAGGGCUUUUUUUUUUUUUGGGCUUUCGGGCCUGUUGUGCUUCCUUCCACAUGUUUCCCAUAUUGACAUUUUCCAUACAGUGAGGCGACUGCGGUUACGCCUGCGCCCAAGCGAGAAGGAUCAGUCGUCAUCGCAAAUCAAUUCCUUAUUUGCCUUGGUUUUCGUUUCUUUUCUAUCACCUUCGUUCCAUCUUCCAAACCUCUUUGGGUGGUCCGCCAACAGACACAACGAAGAGAAACGUAUCGGGACAACAGGCCUUUCACACGCAACAGGAGCUAAUAAUAGAGGAAAGCGCGGAGUCCGCAUUGCAGUAUAUCGGGGUUCAUUCCCAUCCAUUCGCCCAGAAGACACUUUCAGGGGGCACUGCUGCUGGAUGAGAAGGCGUCGCCCAAGAUUGGUUUGAGCUCAUCCCAACGGUGUUUGAUGGAGUCGAUGGCAGAGCUUUUGAAAUUCCUCCACGCUACACCUACCUAAUGAUAUACAGUACCUUGAUGGACCUUGCUUUGUGGACUGGGCAUGCUU